CGGGGUUUGAAAAGUAUCAAAGCAUAGAUCAAUCAGUCAUCCUCCAUGAUUUUGAUUGGAUGAUGAUUGUGCGAAAUGUCUUCGAAGAACAAAUGAGGAGAGACCAAGCAUUUUGUACUUUUUUUUUUAUUCUCUGAUAUAUAUAUAUAUCCUUCCCCUUCCUUUCUUUUUCUUUUCUUCUUCGUCUUCUUCUUCUUUUUGUUUCAUUAAAUACAUUUACUCCCUCCCUCUUUCUUUUUUUUUCUCUUUUAUAUAUACUAUAGAUAGAUAAUUCAUACCAAAUGUUCAAGUCAUAUAAAACUACAGAAGGUUUGCCUAUGCCAGUACAAAAAAACAAGUUGGUGAAUCUUAUUGCUGAUCAGAAUAUUACCAUUAUUCCCGAAUUCACUUUGGAAACUGGUGUUGUGUUAAAGGAUGUACCUGUUGCUUGGAAAUCUUGGGGCAAGUUGAAUGAUAAUGGUGAUAAUUGUAUGGUGAUAUGUCAUGCAUUGACUGGUAGUGCUGAUGUGGAAGACUGGUGGGGACCAUUGAUGGGACCUAGAAAAGCUUUUGAUACUACAAAGUUUUUUAUUGUAUGCUGCAACGUAAUGGGUUCACCUUAUGGUUCUGCCUCACCUUUGACUAUUCACAAGGAAACUGGUGAACGUUAUGGUCCUGAAUUCCCAUUAGCUAGUAUACGUGAUGAUGUACGUCUUCAUCGAUUGAUUUUGGAUCAACUUGGUGUGAAACAAGUAGCUAUCUGUAUUGGUGGAUCUAUGGGUGGUAUGCAAGUAUUGGAAUGGGCUUUUAUGGGCAAGGAUUAUGUUCGUACUAUUGUACCAAUUGCUACUUCUGGUCGUCAUUCUGCUUGGGGAAUUAGUUGGGGAGAAGCUCAACGUCAAUCUAUUUACAGUGAUCCUUUUUAUGUGGAUGGUUAUUAUCCUGAUGAUCAACCACCUAGUGUUGGACUUUCGGCAGCACGUAUGUCGGCUUUAUUGACUUACCGAUCUCGCGACUCGUUUGAAUCUCGUUUUGGAAGAAAAUCGGCAGAUGCAAAGAAAUACCGAAAUCAAGUAUCACCAUCCAGUCCAAGGGAAGCCAAUCGAAUGAUUCAUAAUGAUGGUCAUAAGAAUACAUCUUGUCCUCCUCUUAGUCCUCCUCUUAAAACAAAGAUCAAUGGUGAUGAAGGAAAUGGACAUCCUGUUGCUACUAUCAAUGAUCCUCCUAUGCCAACUCCUUUUGUCUUUUCUGCUCAAUCUUAUCUUCGAUACCAAGGUGACAAAUUUAUUGGUCGAUUUGAUGCCAACUGUUAUAUUGCUUUGACUAGAAAAAUGGAUACUCAUGAUUUAUCUCGUGGACGUGGUGAUUAUGACACAGUUUUGACAACCAUUCAACAACCAACUCUAGUUAUAGGCAUUGAAUCUGAUGGAUUAUUUACUAUUUCUGAACAAUAUGAAUUAGCAGAUGGAAUUCCAGGUGCAGAAAUGAUAGUGAUUCAAUCUUCUGAUGGUCAUGAUGGAUUUUUACUUGAAUUUGAUCAAAUUAAUCGACAUAUCUUGAAAUUUGAAAAAGAUGUACUUCCAGAUAUUUAUGAUAAAAGUGUAGUUAGUUUGGAAGAAGCUGAAAAGGAAGAAGAACUCAAAGCAACCAAAACUAGUCUUUUUGGGGAAGCCGAAGUGGAUAUUACGCAAUGGUGAUCCUUCUCUAUAUGGAUGGUUUUCUAGCUGGUCAGCAAGAUUAUGAUGAAAUUGGGGUUGGUCGGAGGAUACAGUGGACUUUAUAUCAUAUAUAUAUUAGAAUUAGUUGUUAUAUAUUUUUUUUUGUUUUAUUUUUGUUUUGUUAUAGAUAAAUCAGUUUCUCUAUAUAUAUAUAUAUAUAUUACAUAUGAUCAAUAAAAUAGGAAUGAUGAUGAUAUUUAAAUGAUGAUGGAUAAGAA